AUGUCCGAUCCAGGCGUUCAUCCAAGCAAAUUCAACGAAUCAAUGAGUAUCUGUAAAUUCUACAUCGAUAUAUACAAUAUGUUGUAUCAUCUGAAAACAAGAAAUGAAGAAGAACUAAACUCAAUUUACAAAAUGAUCAAAACAGAGUUGAUUGAAUCAAAGAAAUAUCAACCUGGAAAUGUCAUUAAAGAUAUUUUAAAUAUUAUUCCGUAUAAUAGUCGCUGUGAAAAGUCAUAUUUAUCUCUUGCCAAACGCAUAUCUGAUGAAUAUCAUGCUACAGAGGUCGCCAAUGUUGAGGAGGUUUCAAACUACCUGUUUUAUAAAGAAUACGGAAUUAAAUUAGACAAGUCUGCUGAUUUUGAACACUUUAAUACAGAAAAUGUCGAAACUCAUACAAGAAAUACAUCUUACGAAGCCAUUAUGAACAACGACUGCGACAAUUUCGUCUGCAUCAUACAGAGUGAUGCAUUUAAUAAAAAUCAAGUAUAUUACGGCGGAUUACAUAUAAUUUUGUAUGCAUGUACAUUACUUGAAUUAUGUUGUUACUCUGGAGCAGUUGAUUGUUUCAAGUUAUUAAGAACGAAAUUUAAAUCAGAAAUCACUCAGAGAUGUUUAAGAUUAUCCUUUUUAGGAGGAAAUCAAGAGAUCAUGAGCGAAUGUCUGAAAUAUCACAAGCCAGAUAAUGAGUGCAUGAAAUAUGCAAUUAUUUCACACAACCUUGAUUUCAUUACAUUCUUGAUGAAUGAAUACAAUAUGCAGAUCGAUUUUCGUCAAUGUGCAGAGUAUAAUAAUCUCGAAUCAUUAUUAGUUAAUGUCGAUCAGACUGAUGAUAUUAACGGAUGCUUUAUUUAUUCAAUCAGGUUCAACAUUCCACCCCUUUGCUAA